CUCUCAGCCCCCCCGCUGGCCCACCAGAAAUGUCCUUCAAAGAGUUGCGCAAAACACCGAGGAAGCUGUAAUGUCUGAAACUGUGUGGCGGGGCUGCUCUCUGAAGCGGUUUUUAGGUGCCAAAGACACAGUCGGACGCUGCAGGGGGCGAGGCGAGCUGAGGCGGGGUCCUGUUCUGCAGGCGGAGAUGGAUUGGCUGUGACGGGGCCACCUGCCGCACCUGGAGGGGCGAGGGGCCGAAUGAUGAUGAAGAGUUCCUGCAGAGCUGGCCUCCACAGGGAACUGCUGAAUUCCACGUCCUCCACAUUCCAACAGGUCAAACGAAUAUCUGGCAUGCACUUAAAGCCAUAUCUCAAGCUGCAGAAGAAAGAGCGGCCUCCCGAAAUCAGCCCCGGCCCCCCGCGAAGCCCACCCAUGAGCCAACAGAGGCUGGAAAACGAGAAAAACUGCUGCGGCCCCAUGCUCAAGUUUCAUUAGUCAUACACCUCCCAAAGCUGCUGGGGAACUUUUCCGAAAACUUCUCUCUGGCGGCGUGAGCGCACCCGAGCUCAUGCCGAAGGGCUGAGCGGGAAGGAGAAGAGGAGCGUCUUGCCGGCCACCAUCCACCAAGGGGAGGAUGGAGAGGCGUUGCUGGACAUUUGGGCGGUCGUGAAACCGGGGAACACCAAGGAGAAGAUCGCCUUCUUUGCCGCCCAGCAGUGCAGCGACAGCCGGAUAUCCUCCAUGAAAAACAAGAGCACCUGGGACAUUGACGGGAGGGCAACCAAGCGCCGGAAAAAAUCCCUGGACCUCAGGAAGGCCAAGACCCACCUGGAAAGGCCGCGAGACGUCAACGGGAGGUGCUACCAGUCUGAGCCAUUCGCCUGCGGCAUCGAACACUGCUCGGUCCACAAUGUGAACGACGGCGGGGAGGGGGGCUUCCCGGGGAGGCCCCUCUCCGUCAUCGAAAUGGUCGCUUUCCUCGAGCAACGAGCCAGCAUUUUGCUAGCCGACUGCGCCAAAAACUGCCCCAGCGCCCCGGCCAUGACCAGAUUUCCCGGGCAGGCCAAAGUCACACUCGCCAGCUCCGGCUCCUUUUCCAACUUAGAGGGCUUGGAGGUUUACACCGAGAAAACAACCGGCGGGGGUGGCGGCGAAGCGGAGCAGCAGGCCGAGCCCGUGCGCGUGCUGGACAUGGUGGCAAAGCUCGAGUCGGAGUGUCUCAGGCGGCAGAGUGAACGGGAGGCGGGAAGCCUCUCAAGAAACAACAGCUUCCGGCGGAACGUUGGGCGGGUGCUACUGGUGAGCGGAACGCCGGCCGAGAACGAGACCAGUAGGGAGCUUUCUGGAGUUGUAGAUCGGGAAGAACGGGGCAGGGAUGGUGAUGGGUGGCGAUCGAAGCAGGGCUCGCCGGUGGGAGAUGGUUUCUGGGAAGUUCCGCCAGCCGGCCGGUUGUCAUCGUUUGUGGAGAACUCCAUUUCCGAACCCGAUUUGGGAGCUUCGGCAUCAUCCAGGAACCUGCCGCCACUCCCCUCGGCAUAUCCAGAACCUGCUCGGGCACAUCCACAUUCUUUACCUGGAGAAAACACAGCCGUCGGUAGUGCCCCGAAAGAGUCAGGCGCUGCUCCUAAUCCAAAUUCAAGCACAAGGACAAAAGAGUCCUUAACUAUAAGCAUCUCAGUCACGAAGACGCAUAAAGCAUGUAGAAAAGCGCACCUUUCCGACUCCAGCUUCGGGGAAGAUUCUCUUCCGGGGAGACUAUUCCUACUGUUGUCUGAACGCGAAACCCACCGCAAGCACCUCCGGGCGGAGGACGUUCCCGCCGAAGAGUAUCAAGCCGACGAUCGUGGGAAAGAGGACUCUCCCGUUACGAGCAUCUCCGGGGAUCCCCCACGCUCCCCCCUGGAAGGCACCCCGCAGGCGCCGGACUCUUGCCACUUAAAAAGGCAGCGGUCUCAUGACUUUUUGGAGACCCGGUUCAAAAUACAGCAGCUGCUGGAGCCCCAGCAGUACCUGGUCUUCCUGCCUCACCACGUCCUCGUCAAGAUCUUCGGCCUGCUGCCCACCCGGAGCCUGGUGGCCCUCAAAUGCACUUGCGGGUAUUUCAAGUUCGUCAUCGAGUACUACAACAUCUGGCCGGCGGACUCCCGCUGGGUGCGCGACCCCCGCUACCGGGAGGACCCGUGCAAGCAAUGCAAGAAGAAGUACGUGAAGGGGGACGUCUCGCUCUGCCGGUGGCACCCGAAGCCCUAUUGCCAAGCUUUGCCGUACGGGCCCGGGUACUGGAUGUGCUGCCACCGUGCCCAGAAAAACGUCCCCGGGUGCAAACUGGGCCUCCACGACAAUCACUGGGUCCCCGCGUGCCACAGCUUUAACCGCGCGAUUCAAAAGAAGCCCCGGGAAACGGAAGAGGAGUGUUAGCCUCGUCCGGGAGUCUCCGCUUCUAUCACGGGAGGAGGAUUCUCACGCCUUGUGCUGUUUACAUUGUACAUAGUUUGUGGGUGGUUUCCCCCCCCUCCCUUCUGUCUGCCUUCCACUGGGCUUUGAAACUGCACAUACUUUUAAAUCACAAGAGCCUUUUAGAGGAAAGAUAGCCCCCCCCCCCCGCCCACCUGUGUAAAUAAUGCUCCCAAAUCCCUUUUGUCUGUGCAAGUGUCUUCUCCGCAGCUGGUUAACCGACCCGAAAUUUGCUACAACGCAGCGGCUCCAGAGCGUUGCAGCUCCAGUCCCCACCUUUUAAAACGGUCUCGUUCUCGGAAAUCUGUAUAUCCUGUAUAAUAUAUACAUAUUAUAUAUAAAAUAUAUAUAUAUAUAUAUUAAAAUGUUUCUGAAGAGAAACUCUAAAUAGGUAAAGGUGAAUCUUACAAAGAGAUGGUUUAAACUGGACAGCCUUAAAACUAGACUAGGACAAAUAUUUGCUGUAUCUUCGGGGGGGCGUCGGAGGAAAGACGAAUGUGAUCGUUUAGAAAGGAUAUCGGGGAAAGUUCUAGUCGAUCGCCCACUUUAUCUGGUUUUCCUCUUUUUUUUUUACUUAAAUAAAUUGUGCAUUCUAAAACGGA